UUUGUGUUUAACUCGCUUCCAGCUAUAACAGCAGCGAAGAGAAAAGCAAACGUGAAGUGAAAAAGCAAGUUUUACUGCUUAGUUCGCUUAAGCACUCCAACGAGACAACAUCGUGUAUUCGUUCAGACCGUGUAUUGCUAAUUAGUAAAUUAUAUAUUUAAUACUGUGCUCAAAACUAAGAUAUUCAAGAAAAUCAGAAAUACGUUCAAGGAACAGUGAAACUUUAAAAGAAACUAAAAAAUAAAAAAUUGAAAGCAAGGAAAAAAUUUAAAAAAUUUCUGUGGAUGAAAAUGAUGUAAAACAAGUUUUUAAUAAUUCAUCAUGGAGGUCCACACCGCACUUGUAUUAACCGUGCAACUUGUUGCACUUUUCUCAAUUGCUGGCGCUUUGCUUUUAUACCUUUUAUGCAAAGUUAAAGGAUCACGAAAUGUGUCUCUUGAUCCACGAUUUGGUUCGAUUCUAAUAACAUCAGCUGACACAGCUUUGGGACUUCAACUUUCAACUUAUUUGGCUUCGAAAGGAUGUCGUGUCUUUGCAGGCAUGAAAGAUCCACACGAAUCACUUCCGGCGAAGUUGUUGAAAGGUUGGAUGAAAGCACGUGAAAAUCAUUUGGAGCUUGAAAGCAAUUGCGUCAUAGGUCAAAUUGUGCCAUUAAAAAUUGAUGUGACAAAGGAAGAUGUUUUAAGAGAAGCGACAGAAAAAAUGGGUGCGCAUUUAAAUGCAGGUGAACGUGGCAUUUUAGCAGUCAUCAACACAGCUGGGACAGUUUUUCGUGGAAGAAUUGAUACUCAGGAGUUCCAGGAAUGGGAAAGCAUGUUCAAAAACAACGUUCUCGGAUGUUUGAGAGUUGCGCGUGCUUUCAUCGGAUUGUUACGUCCAACGAGAGGGCGUUUUAUAUUUUUGGGAUCGGGAAGUCGUGGUGAUGGUUUGUUGGCUUACAAUGCUUCGAGAAAUUCAGUUGAAGGAACUGCAUGUGCUUUACGUGAAGAAUUGAAACCAUAUGGAGUUUCUGUUGUCACUUUGGAGUCGAGUGGAGUCCCAGCCGAGUCUUUAUUCAAAUCGCCAAUUCCAUUCACAAUUUCUGACACUGAAGGCAUUCCAACACAAUAUUCCGCUGAGAUCCUGACACAUUCAUCUCUUCAAGUCAUCGAACGGGCAUUAUUCGACCCACGACCUUUCGACUCUUACUCACUAUCCGUGCCAAAUACUAAAUUUCAAUGUAAACUUCCAUGUCGAUCUGAGUUCGUGAGGAAAAGCAAUUCAUUCGUUCAAAAAGUUUAAGGAGCUUUUGUCAUUUAAUAUAUUUAUGUAUCCAUUGAAAGGUUUUUUAUCUUCUUCUGUUUGAAAAGCUUCAACAGAAACGUCUUCAAACAUUCAAAAAAGCUUUCACAUGUUAAGAAAAGUUUUUCAAUCUUUUUUUUAUUGUUAUUUUAAGGCAUCGAGAAAUCUGCAAAUGUUCAAACAUUUUGAUAUGAAAUUGUAGGAGUUAUCGAAUAAAUUAAAAUUGUUUCGUUUUUAGAGAUCUUUGAUUGUUAUACGAUCGUGAGAUUAGAAAAGGAAACAAAAUUUGUUUGUGAAAAUUAUGAACAAAAUUAAAUUGAAACUUUUUUCGAUGCCUUCUUAGUGUACAUCUUAAAUAAUUAAUUAAUUCAGGGUUGAACUUUGAAAUUUUUAUUCUUUUUGAUUUCUUUUGUAAAUCAUAAUUUUUUUAAGAUUAUUUUUCUUUUGUCGACAAUAAAUUUAUGUUCAUAAAAUCUAAAAA